UCUCCGUCGGUCACGGGGUUCUGCGCGCUCGUGCCCGCUGUUCGAGAGCCCCGGACACUCAUCGGACCGGACAGACAGCAACAGCCCUGGGCGGCACCCAGCGCCCCUUCCCUCUGCUUGCACCAGGCCUCGGUGGUUCCACCAUGGAUGAAACUGUGGCUGAAUAUAUCCGAAGGACUGUGCUGAAAAUCCCAAGGGAUGAAAUCAAGAUGAUGCUGCAGAAGUGGGGCUUUCUCUCUGACGCACAGCUGAAGACUCUAAAUUUCCACCAGAUAAAGGACAACAUUUCUCAAGAAGUUGUUCAGCUCUGUGAGGAAAAUUCUGCAGACAUAAAGCAAGCAGCAGCUCUAGACAUAAUUUACAACCACAUCUACCAAAACAAAAGAAUGUGGAGUGUUUACCAGAUGAAAAAAUCAGGAGAAGAAUUGGACUGUUUUGACAUAAAAGAUUUCAAAAAAAAGUUUAAAAGAAGACUUCAGUCAGCCUUGAAAAAUGUUACCAUCACCUUUAAGGAGUAUGAGGAUAAUGCAAUCUGGAUUAGAGUUGCCUGGGGAACACCAUAUAAAAAACCAAACCAGUACAAACCCAGCUAUGUUGUGUACCAUUCACAGACUCCCUAUGUCUUCAUUUCUGCCUCAGUGCUGAAGAGCAACUUGCCUCUGCUCUGUCAGGCCCUGAUUGUCGCUUCCAAUUACCAUGACAUCCGUGAAAUGGAGCUUCGAAGUCAUUCUUUAAACUCCCUUAAAGAUAUUGUGUUUAAAAGAUAUAGCCAGAACUUCCAAACUCACACUCCAAAACCUCUGCAAGGAAGGAAUGUAGAACCAGAAAAUGCAGAUAUAAGGAUAGUUCAAGAAAACAGAAGUGAGAAAGAAAGAAUCCACAGACUGAACCAGGAAGUUUUUGGUAGCGGUCCCCAGCCAAAACUCGAAUUUGCACAAUACAAGCUUGAGACGAUGUUUAAAAGUGAUCCUAAAAUGGAUGUUUUGGAUAAAAAAGAGCCAUUCAGAUGUUUGGUCAAGUUUUCUAGUCCACAUCUUUUAGAAUCACUGAAAUCCUUGGCACCAGCUGGUAUGGCUGAUGCACCACUUUCACCACUCCUUACAUGCAUACCACAUAAAGCUAGGAAUUAUUUUAAAAUUAGAGAGAAAAAAGGUUUAUAUCCAGAAAGUUUUGUAAGCCCUUAAUUUAAAACUGAUUAAUAGAGAAAU